GAUCCCUCAGUGCGGCGUUUGUGGCAGAGAAAUGAUGGAGAUCCGCAGAGCCCGCGACACCGGGGAUCAGGUCCUUGGCCUUCUCAUCAGCCCGUCCGCAUUAGAGAAUCCCGGCCCAAAAGAUUUUAUCAGGCACCAGAGUGCUCUUGUUUGUUUCCAAGAUGAAUUAACAGCAGAUCUGGAGUUGGGUGUCCGUUAUGAUGUUCCCGGACUUCAGACUAAUGCAUAUUUUCACGCGUGGAAUGUCCGGCGAUGGGUGUCAGAUAUUAGCAUUAAAAUGCGCCAUCAAGAACUUUCGCUUCAUAUGCCUCCAGCAAUUUGUGCCCUUUAUGUGCGCCUUAGCCAGCAUUGCCCAAAUUCACCAUGGGCUUUCGUGACAGCUCUUGCAGCACAGGUGGCUGCAGACACGUUCCCUGCUCCAGCGCUUCUGCAUCUCAAACUAGGGCUGAUCCUUAGCCUUGCGUCACAGGGUAGAAACCAGCCCCCAGUCUCAAUACUGGCUGUAGGGCCUGACACCUUGGCUGCUCAUCGUCUGCUUUACCAAGCUGCCCUAUUGGCCCAGCGAAGUGUCACGCUCAGUUCUCUGUCACACUGGGGUCCAUUACACGGUUCUUCGUAUCGUGACGAGCAAGGCAACGACUGGCUUGAGGCUGGAGCUCUUCUACUGGCAUCCACUGGUGUGUGCUUUCUUGGGGACUGGGCAAAGUUUAAGUCCAGUAAUGUGCGAUCAUCAGUUCUUUCAGCAAUUGAGAGUGGUCACGUGACUAUAGACGCACAGAGAUUAGCUGCGUCAGGCUCUGCUGUUUCCUCUCCCAAAUUUCCUCUCCAGUGCUCUCUAUGGACAUACAAAUACUGGACUGCUGGAGAAAAGGGAGUCGAUCAGAUUCAGCUCCGCACCCUUAUCGAUGUGUUUGGAAUGCCGUAUCUGGCUGACCUAGGCACAGAAGUGGAAAGGGUGUCCCACAGCACCCUACAGGCGGCCACUGACGCGGGAGGUGAUACCGAUAAACCGUACUAUGUGGUUCCAGGACAUGAACUACAGCAGUACUUGGCAAUGGUGGCAAUUCAACCAGUGAAGCUUGGAGAGAAAGCCAGUCAGCUGAUACACGAUUAUUUUGUAGCCAGUCGAAGGCUGAGGUCCGAAUGCUUGCCUGUGGGAGCAGUUAGCACCAUCACGGCCCUUUCAGAAGCUCAUGCUAGACUUGCUAUGAGGCACGAAGUAAGCUACGAAGAUGUCUCGGCCGUGUUGUGCCUGUAUGAGACGGCGAUGGUGACAUUGUUUGGGCCUUACUAUGUCACCCCACCACCUCAACCAAAAACUCUGGAUGUCAACUCCGUACCCCUUCAGAUGCAUGUUCACAUGGUGGAGUUUGUAACUUGGUUGGAAAAACACAUAAAAUCAUUACUUGGCUACUCCAGUUACAACACAAAUCCAGAAGAAUGAAGCAUGUGAUUUGCCGUUU